UAAUUCAAGUUCUUUGCUCGUUCACAAACACACCAAAUCUUGUAGCAACAAUGGCACUUUCACAAUCCUCCACUUUGUCUUCCAAAUCGCUCUUCCAAACCUACCCUUCCCACCACCAAUCUCACCAACCAAUUGGUAUAUCUCUUCUUCCAACCACCAACUCCCACCGCAAACCAAAACCCAUCUCCGCCGUCCACGCAGCAGAGCCAGCCAAGAACCUGACCAAAACCCCACCUCCACCGCCACCGCCAUUGAAAUGGACCAUUGACAGCUGGAAGUCAAAGAAGGCUUUGCAGCUUCCGGAAUACCCAAAUGAAGCGAAUCUCGCCGCUGUUCUUAAAACCCUUGAAGAUUUCCCUCCGAUUGUGUUCGCCGGAGAGGCCAGGCACUUGGAGGAGCGUCUCGCCGAUGCCGCCGUGGGCAAGGCGUUCUUGUUGCAAGGAGGGGAUUGCGCCGAGAGUUUUAAGGAGUUCAGUGCUAAUAAUAUUAGGGAUACUUUCAGGCUUCUUCUACAGAUGAGUGUUGUUUUGAUGUUUGGUGGGCAGAUGCCAAUCAUCAAGGUAGGAAGAAUGGCUGGCCAGUUUGCCAAGCCGCGAUCGGAUGCAUAUGAGGAGAAGGAUGGGGUGAAGCUGCCAAGUUACAAAGGAGAUAACAUCAACGGUGAUGCUUUUACCGAGAAGUCAAGAAUUCCAGAUCCUGAUAGAAUGAUAAGAGCUUAUUGCCAAGCUGCAGCCACUCUUAACCUUCUUAGGGCAUUUGCCACUGGAGGUUAUGCGGCAAUGCAAAGAGUCACUCAAUGGAAUCUUGAUUUUGUUGCUAACAGCGAGCAGGGAGACAGGUACCAGGAGCUAGCUCACCGUGUUGAUGAGGCCUUGGGAUUUAUGUCUGCUGCUGGACUCACGAUCGACCACCCUAUUAUGGCAACGACUGAUUUCUGGACAUCUCAUGAAUGCUUGCUCUUACCUUAUGAACAAUCAUUGACUAGGCUUGAUACAACUUCUGGCCUUUACUAUGAUUGCUCGGCUCACAUGGUUUGGGUCGGGGAACGUACCCGCCAGCUGGAUGGCGCCCAUGUUGAGUUUUUGAGAGGUGUCGCUAAUCCUCUUGGCAUCAAGGUGAGCCAGAAGAUGGAUCCAAAGGAGCUAGUUAAGCUCGUUGACAUACUGAACCCCAAUAACAAGCCUGGAAGGAUCACAGUGAUUGUAAGAAUGGGAGCGGAGAAUAUGCGAGUGAAGCUUUCCCCUUUGAUAAAGGCAGUACGACAAGCAGGGCAGGUUGUGACAUGGGUUUGUGAUCCAAUGCAUGGAAACACUAUAAAGGCACCAUCUGGCCUUAAAACUCGCCCUUUCGAUUCCAUAUUGGCGGAGGUGCGAGCUUUCUUUGAUGUUCACGAGCAAGAAGGGAGCCAUCCGGGAGGAAUUCAUCUGGAGAUGACGGGACAGAAUGUGACAGAGUGCGUUGGUGGAUCUCGAACCGUGACUUUUGAUGACCUGAGCUCACGCUACCACACACAUUGUGACCCGAGGCUGAACGCUUCUCAGUCCCUAGAGCUGUCGUUCAUCAUAGCGGAACGGCUGAGGAAGAGAAGAAUGGGGUCUCAAAACUCCUUGUCUUUGCAAUUUUAGAUGAAAUUUUGGUGUUCUGUUCAAGUUUCUGGGAUUUUAAAAAUAAGUAAUGAAUUAUGAGUUUGGUUUCAAUAAAUUGGUAGGUAGCCUUUUCUUUUUAAGUAUCGGUUUACAAUUGCAAGUGUGGAGAUGAUCUUCAUUUGCUGUAGAAUUUGGAAAUGGGUUGGGAUUGGGAGUUUGAUUCAGUCAAUGUGGAACUGCAUGAUUAAUUGUUGGGUAAUUGUUCUAAAUGGAGUAAUAUUGUGAGUAUCAUAAAAAAAAAUGUUUGGCAAAUGUUUUGAAUGAACAAAUAAUAAGAUUCUGGGAUGUUUCAAAG